AUGAACUACGUUCAGCUCGAAAAGCUCGGCGAGGGCACAUACGCCACCGUGUACAAGGGCCGAUCAAGGCUCAACAACGAGAUUGUUGCGCUCAAGGAGAUCCACCUCGACGCUGAAGAGGGCACACCCUCGACAGCGAUCCGCGAAAUCUCGCUCAUGAAGGAGCUGCGCCACACCAACAUUGUGCGCCUCUACGAUGUCAUCCACACAGAGUCCAAGCUGAUGCUCGUCUUCGAGUUCAUGGAGCAAGACUUGAAAAAGUACAUGGAGAUUCACGGCCACCGCUGCGCGCUCGAUCCCGUUACCGUCCGCUCCUUCAUGUUCCAGCUACUCAAGGGCACUGCAUUCUGCCACGAGAACCGAGUACUACACCGCGAUCUCAAGCCUCAAAAUCUUCUCAUCAACAAGCGCGGCGAGCUCAAGCUGGCCGAUUUUGGUCUUGCCCGUGCCUUUGGUAUCCCUGUCAACACCUUCUCGAACGAGGUCGUUACCUUGUGGUACCGUGCACCCGAUGUGCUGCUUGGCUCGCGAACCUACUCGACGUCGAUUGAUAUCUGGAGUGCAGGAUGCAUCAUGGCCGAGAUGAUCUCGGGUCUUCCUCUCUUCCGUGGACGCGACAACAAUGACCAGCUCAACCAGAUUCUCCGCAUCCUGGGUACACCGGACGACAACACCAUGAAGAGGCUCGUCAACGACUCGCCCGAGAUCCAAGUGCGACCGUUCCCUCGGGUGCCAAGAGUCCCCUUCCAGAACAUGUUCCCCAAGGCGCAUCCCUUGGCGAUCGACUUGCUCGACAAGCUGCUCAAGUUCGACCCAACACAGCGCAUUUCGGCCGACGAAGCACUCCGACACCCCUACUUUACCACAUCAGCUGCCAUCGCUGGUCUUCCGCACCCGCAAAGCAACAGCCAGUUGAAUAUGGGCAACGGCGGUGCUCCUCAGCAGGGCUCGUAUCAGCAAGGCGUCCCCGGCCAGCAGGUCAACUGA